GUAAAUAUCGGCCUUCCUACAAGCUGAAACUUGAGUUAAGGAACUUUACACGAACUUAGACGUUCUUUUCCAACCAUGGCUCCCAAAAAGAAGUCCACCAAAAAGGAGUCCAAGAAGGAUGCGGUGCAAACGGGCGACAUCGAGGGCGCCUCCGUGGAGGAGCUCAACCAGAAAAUUGGCACGCUGGAGAAGGAGAAGAAUAAAGAGGAGGAAUACCGCAACUACAUGCAGUUAGAGCGAGACAAGAUCAAUGCUUUCUGGGAGAUUACAAAGAAGGACCUGGAGGACCGCCGGGCGGAGCUGCGGAACAAGGACCGUGAGAUGGAAGAGAUGGAGGAGCGGCACCAAGUGGAAAUCAAGGUUUACAAGCAAAAAGUAAAGCACUUGCUUUACGAGCACCAAAACAACAUCACCACCCUCAAAGCGGACGGUGAGCUGGCGCUGAAGCUGCAGCAGGACGAGUACCGCAAGCGGGAAGGCGACCUGGCUAAGGACAAGCGGAACCUGAAGCUGGAGCUUAAAGAACAGGAGCUGGCGCACCAGGACAUCAUCCGGCAGCUCAAAUUGGAGCACGCCAAGGAGAUCACCAAGCUGCGGCAGGAGUUCGAGCUGCAGGCUCGCGAGCUGCAGCAAAAGUACGAGAAGAAGAUGAAGAUGCUGCGUGACGACAUGGAGCUGCGUCGCAAGCAGGAGAUCCAUGAGAUCGAGGAGCGCAAGAACACGCACAUCAACGAGCUGAUGAAGAAGCACGAGCGCGCGUUUGCGGAGAUCAAGAACUACUACAAUGACAUCACGCACAACAACCUGGACCUCAUCAAGACGCUCAAGGAGGACGUGGCUGAGAUGAAGAAGCGCGAGGCGCAGAACGAGAAGCUCAUGUACGAGAUCGCGCAGGACAACAAGCGCCUGUCCGAGCCGCUCACCAAGGCGCUGAAGGAGGUGGAGCUGCUGCGGCAGCAGCUGGCCAACUACGACAAGGACCGGCUGUCGCUCAGCCAGACCAAGGCGCGGCUGCUCAACGCGGAGAGGCAGAUCAAGAACCUGGAGUGGGAGAACGAGGUCCUCUCCCAGCGCUUCACCAAGGUGCAGGGCGAGCGCGACGAACUGUACUCCAAGUUUGAGGCGUCCAUCUUCGACGUGCAGCAGAAGACGGGGCUCAAGAGCGCGCUACUGGAGAAGAAGAUCGAGGCCCUGGGUGAGGCCCUGGAGAUGAAGGAGGCGCAGCUGGCGGAGGUGCUCACCGCCGCCAACCUGGAUCCGGGCACCCUGGCAGCGAUCAACCAGCGACUGGAGGAGGUGCUGGACAACAAAAACCAGAUCAUCAAGGCGCUGCAGUACGACGUGGCCAAGGUAUCCAAGGCGCACAACGACCUCAUCCGCGUCUACGAGGCCAAGCUCACGGAGUUUGGUAUCCCGGUGGACGAGCUGGGCUUCCGACCGCUGGUCACCAACACAAGCACUGGGCCCGCGGGGCUGGUGGUGGGGGCGUGAGACACGGUGCGUUGCAGCAGGAGGAGGAGGGGCAGGUGGGUGGCUACAGUGGGACCUCACCGCCGUCGCCGCAGCAGCAGCAGCUGCAGCUGCUAGUUGCGGCAUGCUGUUAGCCGUGUGAGGAGUCGUGGGGCUUUGGAAGCGUGCACUUGCAGGUAGAAAGGGGCGGAGCCGCUGCGGGUGUUUCAGCAGCGGCCAGGAAGGAGCUGGACCAGGAAGGAGACAUUGCGGACGCCUGCAGGGGCAGAUGGUGUGGGUUGGCGGUUGUCGUAUUUUCCGAGGAAGGGUUUGUAUGCAAGCGCCGUAGGAGGAGGAGCGAAGCAGCGUGGGAUCGGGGUACUGGAUUGGCCAGUGGAAUGCAGGAAGGCUGGUGCUUGGGUGAUGGACGUUAUGCGGGCGAGAGCGGUGGCAGCUUGCAUGCGGUUAGGGGUAGGAUGGCUGUAACGAGGGCAGCGGGGGGCGGGGUAUAAGGGGAAACGGUUGGGUAGUUGGGAGGUGCCUUGGAAAGGGCAACACUAAAUACGAUUACGUCAAUUUACCUUAAGGACACGUGGCACUGCGAAUGCUGGUACGUACAUAGUGACUGCUUAUUGUAGGAGCUUGGACAGCGGUAUUGCGAUUUUACCUGGUGACAAAUGACGAGCCACAUGGGUGAAGAGGAAACGACUAACAUAGGGGUUGCCGGGUAGGCUUAUUAUGUUCUGAGUUUUGUGUGUGCAAUGCAUGUGCCAUUAGGUAGGCUGUUUGUAGAUAGGUGGUGUCCAUAGGAACGUGAAUUGGUAUGCAUGAACAAACGCAAUAGUGCCUUCGUCGCUCCUUGGCGCAGCAUGCUGCUGUAUGUGCUGGCAAGGGCACACCCUGCGGGCGCCAGUCCUGGCUGGUGUCUGUCGAACGAACGUUACUCCGCACGGUCUUGUAUACGUGCAGGGGCUCUGCUGCCUCCUGCCUGUCUGCCUUUAGACCCGGGAAGCCGUUACAGGACCCGGCGCAGCAGGAGCAACUCACUCAGGAAUCAAAGCUGUGUAAGGCUUACCAGGUCUACAA